AUGGCGCUCGUAUCCUCCACAGAGCUCACGGCUGACCAAUCAGAGAAGCUUCAGCUGCUCAUUGAUGCGCUUCCAACCAUCUUGACCGAGUUAGACAAGCCCACCUACGAUGAGAUUUUUGGCCACAGAAUAGGAAUUGAAGGUACGCCAUAUGUCGAGGUGGCAAUUCGUAACGAGAUUCUUCUUAAAUUUCUUGUUGCGAGCGAAUACGACCUUGCGUUGGCCAAAGAAAAAUUGGUGCUGACCAUGAACUGGCGUGGGAAAUUCAACGUGUUGAGCGCUGCGUACGUCGAGGAUUUCGAUGCAGAAUUGGAGAAGAUGGGUAUUGUCACGGAAUUUCCCGGAAACAAGGACAACUUCAGAGUGGUGACCUGGAACUUCUACAACAAUGUCAAGCUCACCAAAAGCUGGUUUGUCGGAUUCAAAGCCGAGGAAGCAGCUGGAACCCAGCAAGAGCCAAAUGGGUCGCCGGGCCUGCAGUUCUUGAGAUGGAGAAUUGGUCUUAUGGAACGCUCAUUGGCUCUUUUGGAAUUCUCUGAUAGUGACAAUACCAAAAUGGCACAAGUCCACGACUACAAGGGUGCAUCAAUUUUUAGAAUUGAUUCCGACAUGAAAGCAGCCACAAAGGAAAUUAUUAAGCUCUUUAGUGAUCACUAUCCGGAGCUUCUCUCAAAAAAGUUUUUCAUUAACGUUCCAUUGAUCAUGGGAUGGGUGUUUGGCUUCUUCAGAGCAAUGGGUAUUAUAAGUGCAUCCACUUUGAAGAGAUUCGAAGUGAUGCACCAUGGAGAUGUCAGUGGUCUGUUUGGUGAGGAUAAUCUUCCUGCUGUGUAUAAUGGUGGUCUUGAGAACCGUAAAGUUCCUGACAUUUUUAGUAAAACUGUGAAGAAAGAGGCGAUUGCGUUGCCAACUUAUGCCAAAGUGUUGUUGCAGCAACAGGGAAAGAUUGAGGGCGCUGCUGUUUAG